UCGAAUCCGCCAACUUCUUCUUCUUCUUCUUCUUCUUCUUCUUCUUUUGUUUAUUUAUUUAUUUGUUUAUUUUAAAUUAAUUGACAGCCAGUUAUGAAGGCGCUGUAUAAAAUCAAGAGAGACGCCUCGUUUUUUACGCAGAAAAUUGGUAUAUGAAAUUCGCCUCUGACAGAUCCAGACGAAUUUGUAUAUUGCUUUCGAGAAUGAGGAGUGAGAGAGAAGUAGAAUUCUAGUGUUGAUAUAGAAGGAAGCGGCAUUUCUCUGAUUCAGCCGUGAACAGCCUUGGAAGAGAGGAAGGUUCGGAAUCAAUGGCGAAAUCGGAGUACGGCACCAUCCGAUUACUCUGUGUUUCUGCUUUGGUAUUCACGGCGGCGUUAUUACACUGCGUCCUCGGCGGCAACGACGGUGUAAGUUACGAUGGAAGAUCCUUAAUCGUCAAUGGCGAACACAAGCUUUUAUUCUCUGGCUCUAUUCACUAUCCGCGGAGCACUCCGGAUAUGUGGCCUUCUUUGAUUGCCAAAGCAAAGGAAGGUGGAAUUGAUGUUAUACAAACCUAUGUCUUCUGGAACGUGCACGAACCCCAUCAAGGAAGGUAUGAAUUUAGUGGAAGACGCGACAUAGUAAAAUUCGUUAAGGAAAUACAAGCGCAAGGAUUAUAUGCUUGCCUUAGGAUUGGACCCUUCAUUGAGGCGGAAUGGAAUUAUGGUGGUCUACCGUUUUGGUUACAUGAUGUUCCAGAAAUUGUUUAUCGAUAUGAUAAUGAACCAUUCAAGUUUUACAUGCAAAACUUCACCACCAAGAUAGUGAACAUGAUGAAAUCCGAAGGCUUAUAUGCUUCACAAGGAGGGCCAAUCAUACUUUCACAGAUUGAGAAUGAAUACACGUUGGUGGAGGCAGCCUUUCGUGAGAAGGGACCGCCUUAUGUUCGAUGGGCAGCAGACAUGGCUGUUAGCCUUCAGACUGGUGUGCCAUGGAGCAUGUGCAAGCAAAAUGAUGCACCUGACCCUGUGAUAAAUACGUGUAACGGGAUGAGAUGUGGAGAAACGUUCCCAGGACCAAACUCACCUAAUAAGCCAUCUAUGUGGACUGAGAAUUGGACUAGUUUCUAUCAAACUUAUGGUGACGAACCGUAUAUAAGAUCAGCAGAGGAGAUUACAUUUCAUGUUGCUCUUUUCAUUGCUGCAAAGAAUGGAACCUAUAUCAACUAUUAUAUGUAUCAUGGAGGAACCAACUUUGGAAGAUCAGCCUCUGCAUUCAUGAUCACAGGUUACUAUGAUCAAGCCCCCCUAGACGAAUACGGUUUAAUUAGGGAACCAAAAUGGGGUCAUCUUAAAGAAUUACAUGCUGCAAUUAAGCUAUGCUCCAAGCCUUUGCUCACCGGAACAAAAUCCAACUUCUCACUGGGCAAAUCUCUAGAAGCUAUUGUAUUCAAAACGGAGUCCGGAGAAUGUGCUGCCUUUUUGGUGAAUAAGGGAGCUACAGACACGAAUGUCCUCUUUCAAGGUGUUACUUACGAGUUACCUCUGAGUUCCAUCAGCAUCUUACCAGAUUGUAAAAAUGUGGCCUUCAAUACUAGAAGGGUAAGCGUGCAAUAUAAUACGAGAUCAAUGAAGAUAGUACAAAGGUUUGACUCAUCUGAAGAAUGGCAAGAGUUCAGGGAAUUCAUACCUAGCUUUGAUGAUACCGGUUUAAGAACUAACGAGUUAUUAGAGCAUACGAAUACUACAAAAGAUAGUUCGGAUUAUCUUUGGUACACUUUAAGGAUUGAAGCGGAUUCUCCUGACUCUCAACAAACACUAAAAGUGGAUUCGCUAGCUCAUGCCAUGCAUGCAUUUGUCAAUGGGCUUUAUGCAGGCUCCGCCCACGGAACUUACAAAGAAAAAGGUUUCUCUCUGGAGAAUAAUAUUACGUUGAGAAAUGGCAUCAACAACAUCUCAUUGCUCAGUGUGAUGGUUGGUUUACCUGAUUCUGGGGCAUUUCUUGAGAGGCGAGUUGCAGGACUGCGAAGAGUGAGGAUUCAAGGCGAGGAUUUCUCCGCGCAACCUUGGGGAUACAAGGUUGGCCUAUCAGGAGAGCAAUCGCAAAUAUUUUUAGACAAUGGGUCAAGUAAUGUUCAGUGGAGCAGGUUAGGAGACUCUUCCCAGCCGCUCACAUGGUACAAGACUCAGUUCGAUGCACCUCCUGGUGAUGACCCAAUUGCACUGAACCUUGGUUCCAUGGGGAAGGGUGCAGUUUGGGUUAACGGCUGGGGUAUUGGCCGAUACUGGGUCUCCUUCCUCACCCCAACAGGGGAGCCUUCACAGAAAUGGUAUAAUGUUCCACGUUCCUUCCUCAAGCCGACUGGGAACCUGUUGGUCAUUUUGGAAGAAGAAACAGGAAGCCCAGUUGGGAUAUCUUUGGAUUCUGUUUCAAUUAGCAAAACAUGUGGGCAAGUGUCUGAAUCACAUUAUCCUCUGGUAGCUUCAUGGAUGAGUGCAAAGAAACAGAGGGCAAGUAGAACAAAGAACAAAAGUAGAAGGCCUAAGGUCCGAUUAAGCUGCCCUACUAACAAGAACAUCUCCAAAAUCUUAUUUGCAAGCUUUGGGACACCGUCUGGUGACUGUCAAAGCUACGCUGUUGGAAUGUGUCACUCGCCAAACUCCAGAGCCAUUGUAGAACAUGCGUGUCUAGGGAGGACUAAAUGCGUGAUUCCAAUCUCGAAUCGGAACUUUAGAGGCGAUCCAUGUCCGUUUGUCACCAAAACACUGUUGGUUGAUGCACAAUGCACAUAAAUGAUGGAAGAUGUCUAGCAUGAAUGAAGCACAUGGCAAGAUAAUUCACAGUAGCUUUCAAUAGAUACAUAGCUUUAGCAAUAAUCAUCUCCAUGAUCACAGCUUAUUUCAUUCUUUUAGGAGUCCUAGAAACAAUCAUGCAAUACUUCAAUUAUUAAUUGAUUCAUGUCAAGGAUCAACAAUGAAAUGAAACCACAGUUCUCUA